AUGAUGGAUACAUCACGUUUUGUUCACUCGUUUUUACAAUAUUUACCAGAUUUUUUAAAAAAAAAAUUAUAUCAUAAAGAAAAUCAUUUUUCACAGAAUUAUCCUAGUCAAUGUUCUUUAUUUGCAUCGAUGACAAAUAUUCAUGAUAAUACUAAUAAUAAUAAUGAAGAAAAUCUCAUUUAUGAUAAUGAUGGUUUUUUAUUAUUGAUGGAAAAAGCUCAAUCAAAUCUUUCGUUAUUUAAUGUUAGUUAUGAUUCACUUAUUUUCAAUGAAAAUGAUGAUUUCAAUCAAAAAUCAAGACAAACAUUGAAUACAAUAAAACAUUAUAAUAGUUCAAUGGAUAUUCAUGUAGACAUUAAAAAAUCUAAUCAUCGUUUAACAAUGACUUUUUCAGAAGACAUUUUUUCUUCACAAACAAAAACUUUACAAAGAUGGAAAGGACAUGAAUUAUUAAAUACAUGUGCUUAA